AAGCUAUGGAAAAUUUUUCAGGUUAGAGGAAAUAUAAUCAAAGAACCUUCACCAAAGGGUUCAAUGGCAGGGAAACAAAGGCCUAGGACAAUAUUUUAUUCGGGAAGCGUUAUGCACAAGUGUCGAAAUGGGGUCUAUACCACGUGCACCAACUGCCAUGGCUUCUCUCCCGUCCCAUUUGUGCAAGGUCUCUACCAAAAGGAGCAUUCAAAAAUUUCAGGGAAUGGCUUCUUCAAAGAAAUGGGCAAGCUCCAUUUCUUCCAUUGCUUCGCUCAUUUAUUUCAUCCUCAUCAUCUUUCAAAUUCCUCUUUUCAGGGUCCCCUGCAGAACUGGAAUAUGUACAACACCAAUAGAACUGACAUCCUCUCAGUUGAUUGCAAGCGAGAUCUUCCCUGCAGUUGUUGUUAAGACCCUCCUGUAUCCUGGAGCCAUUGCAAAUGCCAUAAUCAAGAACGCGUCAAUCCCAAGCUAUAAUAACUUGCUCAAUGACUAUAACUUAAUCAAUGUGAAAGAAGCCCCUGUGACAACUGAUCUCCAGUACCUAGAGGUUCUUGCAGGAAGCUACUUCUCUGUAGCAGGAGCCUUUUUGGGUCUGUUGAAGUAUGGUAGAGUAAGUCUAUUUGGGAUGCUUAUAAUCAUAUGGGGCCUUGUCAAGGAAGCGAUUCUCAGAAAGCCUGCAAAUACAAGUCCCUUGAAAUCUGUUUACAUGUACCCAGCAAUGUCAAUUGCUGUGGUUUGCGCCUUCUCCUCAAUAAGAAGGGAUGUAAGGAGGCUGAUGCGAAGUUGCAGAGCUCGGCGUGCUGCAAAACCUCCAUGGAGCUCUUCAAAAUCCAAGAGAAAAUGAACUUGGGUGUAACAUUCUUAGUUGAUUGCCAAUUUUAGUCUGUGCCUUGCUGUAUGUAUAAUGAUCUCUAUACAAUUAACUCAUUGUACCAAAAGUUUUUGAGUUGAAAAUAGUGACUUAGCUGGAUGUUUCUGAUCUUC